GCACACCGACGCCGCACGAACUAUUGUCAUACUAAUCGUCAUUCACUGCCGCCGAGUCCGAGUGUUGACUGGCGAUUGCCGACAUUUUUAUUUUAUUCAUUUCGUGAAAACGUGUUACACGUUUGACGACACUCGAUACACUAUUUUUUUCCGGGGCGAACGCCGCCAUAAUAUACAAUUUGUUUUUUACACACCAUUCUCACGUGAGUUCCUAUCGUGUGUGCACACUCCUUGUUAGUAAUAAUUAUUUAUCUAUCGCAAAGGUCCUCGUGUUCGAGUAGCCACUCGUGGAAUUUUGUCUACUAAUUCAGGAUACAUUUACAUCAUGUCAUUAAUGUGUCCUUCUGUAGAAGAGCCAGGGGUUAAUCAAGAAACCCCCACGUCUGUAGGAGAGCUGAAAAUUUUAAAAGAAACUCCAUCUUCAAAUGGAGAACAAGAGGUUUCAAAAGAAACCCUCCCUUCUGCUGAAGACCAAGAGGAUCUAAAAGAAACUCCAUCUUUAGAUGGAGAACAAGAGGUUUUAAAAGAAACUCUCCCUUCUGCUGAAGACCAAGAGGAUCUAAAAGAAACUCCAUCUUUAGAUGGUGAACAAGAGGUUUUAAAAGAAACCCCCCCUUCUAUUGAAGAACAUGAGGAUCUAAAAGAAACUCCACCUUCAAAUGGAGAGCAUGUGGUUUUAAAAGAAACCCCCCCUUCUGUCGAAGAACAAGAGGAUCUAAAAGAAACUCCAUCUUUAGAUGGAGAACAAGAGGUUUUAAAAGAAACCCCCCCUUCUAUUGAAGAACAUGAGGAUCUAAAAGAAACUCCAUCUUUGAAUGGAGAACAUGAGGUUUCAAAAGAAACCCUCCCUUCUGCUGAAGAACAAGAUGAUCUAAAAGAAACUCUACCUUCAAAUGGAGAGCAUGUGGUUUUAAAAGAAACCCCCCCUUCUAUUGAAGAACAUGAGGAUCUAAAAGAAACUCCAUCUUUGAAUGGAGAACAUGAGGUUUCAAAAGAAACCCUCCCUUCUGCUGAAGAACAAGAUGAUCUAAAAGAAACUCCAUCUUUAGAUGGAAAACAAGAGGUUUUAAAAGAAAAUCUCCCUUCUGUUGAAGACCAAAAGGAUAUAAAAGAAACCACCACUCCUGUUGAAGAACAGUUUCUAAAAGGAACCCUCCUUUCUGAUGCAGAUCUAGAGAAUAAAAAAAAAACCCCUCCUUAUGAAGGAGAAAUUCAGGUUCUUUUAAAAGAAUCUGAAAUAAAAAAAGAACCACAUGAAAUUCCAGAUAUUGAAUAUACCAUUUUAGAAGAUUACCCUAUAUCUAUUUCAAGCGAUGAUGAAGAUUUAGAUUCCCAACCAGUACCUUUAUCAAUACCGAUACCACCAUACUAUUCAAUGUCAAAUUUAGAAUACCCUAAUAAUGUAAGUGAAUCAGAUGGCGAUGUACCAAAGAAAUGUUUGUCUAUACCGCCAUCUAAUAAUCCCAUGGAAUGUAUCAUUAUAGAUAGUGAUAGUGAUAGUGAUGAAGAAAAAAAAUUAAAACCUAGUCUCAAACGAAAAAGAAGUUUGAAUAUACCAUUCAUUGAGAUAGAAAAUACUAGAAAAACUAUGAAGCCAGGGCCAAAGUCAAAAACAAGAAACAUUACUACAAUUCAUGAAAUGUUAACUAAAGCAAAAGAGUUAGGGUUAGGUCCAAUAAUGGAUUCAUCUGAUGAUGAUGAUUCAUACUACAGUGAUGAAAGCGAAGAUACUGAAGGUACUGAACCUGGCGAUGUCAUAAAUCUUACCUCUUCAAGUGAUGAUGAAACUAAUUAUAAAGAACCUAAGGUUACAGAACUUGUAGCUGAUAGUAAAGCUACUUGUUCAUCUGAUAAUUUAAAAGAAAAUUCGAUCAAUGGUGAAAAUAAAAUUAUAAAUAACAAAUUAGGUGAAUUAUUAGAUGAUAUGACAAAUGAAACUGAAAUAUUAGAAAACGCAAUUGAUCCAACUGAAAUAAUAAAAGAUGAAAAUAUGGACAACGAAGAAUUCACAAAUAUAGAAAUUGAUCCAACUAAAAUAAUAGAGGGUGAAAACAUGGACAACAAAGCAUUAACAAAUACAGAAAUUGAUCCAACUGAAAUAAUAAAAGAUGAAAAUAUGGACAACGAAGAAUUCACAAAUAUAGAAAUUGAUCCAACUGAAAUAAUAGAGGGUGAAAACAUGGACAACAAAGCAUUAACAAAUACAGAAAUUGAUCCAACUGAAAUAAUAAAAGAUGAAAAUAUGGACAGCGAAGAAUUCACAAAUACAGAAAUUGAUCCAACUAAAAUAAUAAAAGAUGAAAAUAUGGACACUGAAGAAUUCACAAAUAUAGAAAUAGAUCCAACUCAAAUAAUAGAAGGUGAAAAUAUGGGCAACAAAGCAUUAACAAAUACAGAAAUUGAUCCAACUAAAAUAAUAAAAGAUGAAAAUAUGGACACUGAAGAAUUCACAAAUAUAGAAAUUGAUCCAACUCAAAUAAUAGAAGGUGAAAAUAUGGGCAACAAAGCAUUAACAAAUACAGAAAUUGAUCCAACUCAAAUAAUAAAAGAUGAAAAUAUGGACACUGAAGAAUUCACAAAUAUAGAAAUUGAUCCAACUCAAAUAAUAGAAGGUGAAAAUAUGGGCAACAAAGCAUUAACAAAUACAGAAAUUGAUCCAACUAAAAUAAUAAACGAUGAAAAUAUGGACACUGAAGAAUUCACAAAUAUAGAAAUUGAUCCAACUCAAAUAAUAGAAGGUGAAAAUAUGGGCAACAAAGCAUUAACAAAUACAGAAAUUGAUCCAACUCAAAUAAUAAAAGAUGAAAGUUACAAUAAUGAAAUAGAUGAAAAGAAUAGCUUAAACGAUACAAAUGAGCUAUUAAAAGUUGGGGAAUAACAAUAAUUUUUCAAAUUUUCCAAAAGUAUAAGAUAGCGAAGAUGUUUAAGGAUAAUUCUAUUAGUAAAAAUAUCUUAAAUCAUUCCAAAGCAAGAAUUAAAGGAAUUGAAAAAAUGAUUUCCAUUUUUGAGUAUCCAUAAAUGUUUAGAGGAUCAUCACAGUUGAAUUUGUAAAAAUUUUGUACAUAUGCCUUAAAUGUAAAACCAAUGAAAAUAUGAAUAAUAUACAUAAAAGUUGUAAGUAU